AUGACGAGAUCGACUACUACAGAUACUCGUUCUAUAGUUUUUAAACCACAACAACUUAUCUCUAAUGAAAGGUCAAAAUCAAAAUUAAUCGCGGAUCAAAUCAAUACAUUUUUGGAAGAUAAUCCCGAAAGUCAACAGAUAACCCAUCAAUUGACUGAUGAAAUUGUCAAUGAUCCGAUUUUAAAGACUGAUACUGAUUAUUAUGAUUUAACAAAAGCUCAAGAACGAGAAAUUACAGCUAAAAAAAUUUCAAGAUUGUCAAUUUACAUGGAAAAAGAUAUUAAAACUGCACGUAAUCAUUUUAAAGACACGGAUUUGAUUCAAAAACUGCAAGCAGAUGAAAACGGCGAAUUACCAGAAUUAACAAAUAAAGAUUUAGCGUUCUUCGAUAAAAGAUUAUCACUUAUUGGUAAUAUUGAUCCCCAAUUAUCUACACGUGUCGGAGUCCAUCUUGGUUUAUUCGGUAAUUGUAUUAAAGGCAACGGUACCCCACAGCAAAUUAAAUAUUGGUUACAAACUCGUGGUGCUGUCAUGUUAAAAGGUAUCUAUGGUUGUUUUGCAAUGACGGAAUUAGGUCACGGUUCAAAUGUCGCAAAUUUACAAACAAAAGCUAUUUAUAAUUUGCAAAAUGAUACUUUCACCAUAGUGACGCCCGAUCUAACAGCGACCAAAUGGUGGAUAGGUGGUGCUGCAAGUUCUGCAACUCAUUCCGUCGUAUACGCAAGAUUGAUCGUUAAAGGAACAGACUAUGGUGUAAAAACUUUUGUUGUCCCAUUACGUGAUUUGAGCACUUUCCAAUUGUUACCAGGUGUUAUCAUUGGUGACAUUGGUAAAAAAAUGGGCAGAGAUGGUAUCGAUAAUGGUUGGAUUCAAUUUAAAAAUGUAAUAAUCCCAAGAGAAUUUAUGCUAUCAAGAUUUGCUAAAGUUAUUCCAAAUGAUACUAAAACUGAUGUCACUGUCAAAAUUGAUAAAAAUUUGGAUUCAAUUUCAGGUUAUAGUGCUCUAUUAAGUGGUAGAGUCAACAUGGUAAUGGAUUCAUUCAGAUUUGGCUCAAAAUUUGUUACAGUUGCUACAAGAUAUGCCGUUGGUAGACAACAAUUCAAAUCUGAAAAUUCUCCUGAUGAAACACAAUUGAUUGAUUAUCCUUUACAUCAAUAUCGAGUCUUACCACAAUUAGCCAUCGUUUAUUUAAUUGCACCUGCUGCACACAAUCUCAUGAAAACUUAUUAUUCCACUUUAGACGAACUGUACGCAGCAACAUCUUCAAAUAAUAGAGACCCUAAGGCAUUGAAAAAGGUAAGUCACAAAUUGAAAAAUUUAUUUAUUUCAAGUGCAAGUUUAAAGGCAACAAAUACGUGGUUAGUUGCAAGUUUAAUUGACGAAUUGAGACAAAGUUGCGGUGGACAUGGUUACUCACAAUAUAAUGGAUUUGGUAAAGGCUACAAUGAUUGGGUUGUACAAUGUACUUGGGAAGGUGAUAAUAAUAUUUUAUCUUUAACUUCAGCAAAAUCAAUUCUAAAAAAAUUUGCCGAUGCUUCUACAAAGGGGAAAUUUAAUGCUGAUUUGGAUUCAGAUUCUUUCCAUUAUUUAGAUCCAAUGUUUCUUCAGAGAGUUUAUACUAAUCAAUUAACUGCAUCUUUGGAUGAUGACAAUAUGGAAUCUUAUUAUGAAGCGUGGUCAAUAAUGUUAGUUCAAUUACUCAUUCAUGUUGGGAAAACGAUACAAGCAACUAAAGCAUUCGAUAAGAUUACUAAAUUACUGGUCUUAAUUGCAAAAUUUCAUGCAAUUCAUACAAUGCUCAAAGUUUACUAUGAAAAAUUGAAUUGUUCGGACGUUUCAUUCAUUAAAGAUAAUGCCACAAAAGAAACCAUGUGGAACGUUUACAAAUUAUUUUCAGUUUAUUUCAUUGACAAGCACUCUGGCGAGUUCCAACAAUUUGGUGUUUUCAAGAGUAAGGACAUUUCCAAUAUCAUUCAACCAAGGUUAUUCAACUUGCUAUCAAUUAUAAGAAAAGAUUGCAUCAAAUUAACCGAUGCCUUCGAAUUACCCGACGAAAUGUUAAAUGCUCCAAUUGGAUACUUCGACGGUGACAUAUACCACAAUUACUUCAAUGAAGUACUCAAAAACAAUCCACCCGAAAAAGACGGUCCCGGUGUUCCGCCUUAUUAUGAAACUUUGACCAAGAUGCUCAACCGUGGCUACGAAUUUGAUGCUCGUCUUGGUGGUGCAAUGAAUUUAGAAACACUUGAAAAAUUGAAAUGA